AUGGCAACUGCGGCAAUACCACCGAGUAUCAAUGAUUCCAAAUCGUGUCUCUUCUGUUCUACCAAAUAUGAUCGUUCAAGACCGUCAAUUUGUCUAUGCCAACAUUGCUCUAUUCCGCUAUGUUUCGAGUGCAUGAAACAACACCAUGAUGAUAUUCUACAGGACACCGCUCAACUAUCACAUCAAUAUAAUGAGUUGAGGCAACUUUUCGAAACGAAAAAGAAAAUGAUUGUUGAUGAAACAGCAAGCACAAUUGAAACUGUUAACAACCACUUCAACUCUUACAUAAAUGAACUUCUGGAUGCGCAACAUCGAAUCAUUGAAGAAUUAAAGACAACAGAACAACAAGCAAAAGAAUCUUUAGUAGAUGUCGAUUCGAAGUUGCAAUCGCUCAGUACUGAUAUUGAAGCUUUGUCCAAAGACGGUAUUGUUCAAAAAGAAAGAAUGACUAUUUUAUCGACAGGAAUGAAAACCCUCGAACAGCGACUGAAUAAUUACCAAGUGAUGAAAACUGAAAAUCUUACUCGAACACGACAAAUGCUUACGAUGUCUUUUGGUUAUUCUCCAACAGUAGAAGAGAUACCAUCCUCACGCAAUCAAACAAAUGAAAAUACCCAAAAUAAAGUAAAGACGGAAGAAAACACUUCUUCAGUGAAUGCAAUGGUCGUUUCAAAAUUAGAAGUUGCGACAUCAGACAAGCCUCUGGAUAGCGUACAAUCGGUCUCGAACGUUAUACAGCCAUGUUACGCCGUAUACGGCUAUGCUAGCGACGAGGAGGACGAAGAUGAAAUCAAUAUAAAGAUUAGCUUUGAUCAAACACCCCAUAAUAUUGAUCGAAUUGCAAGUGAUGGAGAUAAUAUUCUUUAUACAAGUUACUUUGAUGACGGAUGUGAUACUAUAGAACACUUUAUCUUAGAUUACAAAGAUGGUAGGUCCAACAUCUGUCGUGAUUGGAAACAAUCACGAAUUAUAGACUUAGUAUGGUGGAAUAGCAUUGAGAAAUUCGUUUGUGUUACUAUGAAAGGAAUCUAUACAGUACAACGUAGGGCUGAGACACUGAAGAUUAUGUGUACUAUUAAAGACGACUGGUCAUACGCUCGUGUUGCGACAAACGACUACACACUUUUCUUGUGGAUAAACAGUGUGGAUAGUGGAUUUAAUGGAAUUGAUGUGUACUCAACAAAUUUCGAUCGUCUUAAGAUAAUUGAUUUCAAUAAUAAUUCGCCUGGAUCUUUUAUAGAUAACAGCACUAGUUUCUGUGCGACGAACAAUACAAUAGUGUCAUUAUGUACUCGUACACGACGCAAUCGCAACGUGUUUCAGGCCACCUUUUGCAAUCUACAUAUGAAUAGAUCGCAUUAUGUUAUUCUUGGCAAAUACAAUAACGAAAUAGAAAUUCGUAGUGAUAGUGAAGGCCGACUUUUUAUUACAACAGGUCUGAAUCGCCUACAUAUUAUCUCUCCUACUGGGCAGAAGCGAACGAUCAGAUUGAGAAGCAAUGGUGAAUCCAUUGCUAUUCUUAACAAUCGACGCGUGGCAAUCGGGAAUGGAAGUCGACAAAUGCAAAUUAUAGAAUAUUGA